UGCUCAGUUUGCUGUCUCCGCAGUUGUCGCUGAAUCUCUGGUCCAACAUGGCGGAAUAUUCCUGUGUGAAGCGAACCAAGCUGGUGCUGAAAGGCGUGAAAAGCAAGAAGAAGAAAAACAAAGAAAAAAGAAAACGAGAGGAGGAGGAAGAACAAGUGGUGGAUAUUGUUGGAGGUUGGUGGGCAAUUCGGAAUUUUGGAGAAAUUACUGGAAGUGUGGCAAUAGAGAUGGGGAAAGGCACCUAUAUCCAUGCUCUCGAUAAUGGACUUUUUACUCUAGGAGCUCCACAUAAAGAUAAUGAAAUCCCAGAUCCCCCAGAGCAGUUAACUGCUAUCAAGUUAUCUGAAACCAGAAUAGCGUUGAAAUCUGGCUACGGCAAGUACAUGGGAAUAAAUUCUGAUGGAGUUGUUAUCGGACGAUCAGAUGCAAUUGGAUCAAGAGAACAAUGGGAGCCAGUAUUUCAGGAUGGAAAACUAGCAUUGAUGGCUUCAAACAGCUGUUUCAUUUCAUGUAAUGAAGAGGGUGACAUUAUUGCAAAACAAAAAACAGCUGGAGAAGAGGAGAUGAUAAAGAUCCGUUCCUGUGCUGAUAUUGUUAUAAAACACAAAGACGAGCUUCUGGAUGAAGAUAGGGGUAAUGUAAAGCAGUGCGAAAUCAACUAUGUAAAGAAAUUUCAGAGUUUUCAAGAUCAAAAACUAAGAGUGAAUACAGAAGACAGUAAAUUAUUGAAGAAAGCCAGACAAGAAGGCACUUUCCACGAGGCUUUGUUAGACAGGAGAUCCAAGAUGAAAGCAGAUCGAUAUUGCAAAUGAAGUCAGGCUAGAUAUUCUCAAUAUAUUCAUAUUUUUACUGGAUAUGUAACUUUCUUGUCUCCAAGACAACUUGUUUAUUACAAAGUUUGUAGUACUGGCAGUGCUGUACAGUAAUCAGUGACACACAAACUUGAUAUUUUUAAAUGCCUUAAAGGGUAACCUUGAGUAAUCUUCUUGUAAGAAUAAAUUCUAAAAAUGGCUCUCAGCAUUGUGAUGGUUUAGUAUGCUGCAUUUUAAACAAAUUAUUACUUCAUUAUGGCAUCUAAGGAAAAGAACAUUGAAAGGGAAGCUAGAAACAGAUAUUGAAAAGCAAAGAAGUCAUCAACCUGAAAUACUAGCUCUUCUUCUCUCUCCAGAUACUGCCUUUUCCAGCAUUUUAUGUUUUAAAUGCAAAAACAGAAUCCAGGUGGAUUCCAGUUAAUUAGGGCACAUUGGGACCAGUACAUUUUGGCCUAGUUAAGCGGUUGCCCAAUUAGCCAGUUUCAUGGAAAUGGUUAAAAAGGAAUUUAAAAAAAGACAAUCUACCGUUUAACUGAGUAACAAUUAUGUAUUUAAAUGAAGUACAAAAUAAAUUAGAACACUAACAAUACUGCUACAGUACUAUAAAACUGUGUUAGUUCAAAAAUUUAUCAACAGAGGAAUUCUCGCAGGGUAUGACUGUAAAGGAGCAAAAUCAGUGCAGACACCUAGUACAGAUAAUGGUCUCAUACAGUCAAUGCUUCUGACGAUUGUAUCCACCAAAUCCUCAUUUUCAUUGUAACCUUCAAGAUGAUCAAAUUCUUUGUAGUUCCGAACUUGAAGUAAUGAAUUUGUUUUAAUUUCACUCCCGGCCAUAUCUGGCAUCUCCAAUCAUGAAUGCUUGAAACUGCAAUGGGCAAAGCAGUUCUGAGUAGUCUCACCAAAUAUCAGUGACAAAAAUCACUGCUUUUUCAACAUGAACACAAGCAACUGACACUAUUUAAAAACUGUUUGACAAAAGAUUCCUAUCCCACUUAAGUGGCAUAGUGUCCCAAAUAAACAAAGGGAAUCAGAAUCGGGUUUAAUAUCACAAACACUCGAAAAUCUGCAGAUGCUAGAAACACACACACGAUGCUGGAGGAACUCAGGAGGCCAGGCAGCGUCCAUGGAAAAGAGUAAACAAUCAACAUUUUGGGCCAAGACCCUUAAUCAUGAACCCUUCAUCAAAUAGUGCAAAAAGAGAAAUAAAAUAGUGACAUUGUGUUCAUAGGUUCAUUGUCAUUCAGAAAUAUAUAGUGGAGGGCUGUCCUGAAUCUGAGUGUGUAUAUAGGCUCCUGUAUCACCUCCUUGAUAGCAGCAGUGAGAAUCAGGCAUGUCCUGGAUGAAUGAAGCUCCUUAAUUGUAGAUGCUAACUUUUUGAGACAUCACCUUUUAAAAGUGUCUUCAAUGAUGGAGUUGGCCAAGUUCACAACUUUCAGCGGUUUUUUCCAAUCCUGUGCAGUUCUCCCUCCAUACCAGACGGUGAUGCAACCAGUUAGAAUACCCUCCAGGGUACAUCUGAGAAAUUUACAAGUCUCCUCAAACCCCUAAGGAAAUAUAGCCACUGUCAUGCCUUCUCUGUAAUUGCAAUUAUAUGUUGGGCCCAGGAUAGAUCUUCAAAGAUGUUGAUACCUAGGCAUCUUAUCUAUUUUCUUGAUUAGUUUUUGUUCUUUAAGAGUUGUCCCAAAUAGAUGGCUGCCCCGAUAAACUGCAUUUAUAAAACUUCUGUGUUCUAUUAUUGGUUCUUUUAGUUAUUCAUUCGUAAACAAUUGCCAGUGAUGUAAACCUUAAAUUUAGGAUACAAAAAUCAUCAGAUAUUAUGUACUUAGAAGUAUUAAAUACAGUAGAUUCCAGUUAAUUGGGUCAUUGGUUAAUCGGAGCAGCCAUUUAUUUGGGACAACUCUUAAAGAGCAAAGAUUAAUUCUAGAAAAUAGCCAGGAUUCCCUUUGUUUAUUUGGGGUACUGUGUCCCUUAUUGGGGCCGGAGACUGUUGCUGAACAGAUUCUAACUAGCAUCAGUCGCAUGCACUUCUGUAGCCAUUAGACACUUCACUGUGCUUAGAGCAAUCAGUUUUUAAAUAACAUUAGAUGUGGGUGUGUGUUCAAAAAGCAGUGAUUUUUGUCACUGAUAGUUGGUGAGAAAUAAGCAGUAAGACAAUUCGGAACUGUUUUGCUCACUGCAGUUCAAGCAUUCAGACUUGGAGAUGACAGAAACGACCGGGAGUGAAAAUGAAAGGAUUUGAUUCUUUCAACAAAUUAGGCACUAUGAAGAAUUUUAAGGUAUUGACAAUGAUUUUGAACAUUACCUUUGGUCCUCACCGGACACUCAGUUCUCACCUGUGGCUCCAAGUAACUGUCGGUAUAUAACUGCUGGUACACCCCUUUGAGAGGUGGGCUAAACCAGGUGAGGGUAACCAGCGGGUUUCAUACCCCAGUGAGAUAGCAUGCAAAGUCAGCUCUGGCGGACUGUGUAGAUGAGAUCUACAAUUCUUUUUUCAAAGCACAUCGUGUUGGCAGUGCAUAAUGUUAGACGCCCGGCUCUGAGUGGCAUCAGGAAGGGAACGAGCAAAAAAAUUGAUUGCCAGGAAAAACAAGUGUUGGGUUGAGGGAAAGAGAGUGGAGAAGGAGCAGGAUAGGGAUUCGGGAUCAGAGGUAGGCAGCUGGGGAGAAAUGGAUUAUUGUGAAGGGAGAAAUAAAGGAAAUGAGGAGAUAGUGAGGGGACGGAUGAAUGAAAACCAAGACAGGGAAUAAAAGAAUAAGAAAUGACAGUGGAGAGAGCUCUGAAAGUGAGGAAGAUAAACAAGUUCAGAGAGAAGGUGUUGUCAUAAUUAGGUUUAAUGAGAAGGCUCAAGGAAACAUGAAGAAAAUUAACCCGUUUGUGCUAACAACAACUCUGGCAAAUAAGAUAGGGAAAUAGUAUUUGCAAAAGUCCUUAAUGAUGGCAACCUAUUGGUAAGAUGUGCAAAUGAGGAACAUCUUGAGAAAGCACUCAAGCUAAAAGAGAUAAGAAAAUGCAAGGUGAAAUACACAGGGAGGGUGGGAGCACGAAAUGGCGGUGGAUGUAAAGGAGUGAUCAUGGGGGUACCAAUGAGUAUAAAUAUGGAGGAGUUAAAGGGGAAUAUCAAAGGAGGAAAAGUAAUGAAUGUUCAAAGACUGAAAACAACAAAGGAGGGAGUGAAAAAAGAAAGUGAAUCAGUAUUGAUUGAAUUUGAAGAAGAAAGAGUGCCAAAAGAGGCGUUCCUGGGUUUCAUGAGUUAAGUUAGCAUCUGACCAGAAAUACAAAGAAUAGUGUUAUUAAGAAUAGUGGGGGUGAUCAUGAAUAUGGAAAGUGCGGAACAGGAGUGCAACCAAAAUGCUGCAAUUGUGGAGGAGCUCAUACUGUGGCAUAUAGUGGGUGUGAGGUUAUGAGACAGGAGAAUAAAAUUCAAGAAAUAAGAAUCACUUAUGCAGAAGCUGUAAGAAUGUCAAGAGAACAGAAUAAUGCUCCUAUUGAACAGGGAGCAAUAGGGAUGCGAGAGAUGCAACAAAGAACAAAUGACAAGAUUUAUGUAGACAAAACGGCUCUAGUAACAUUCAUUGCAGGAGUGAUUAAUAGUAAGGCUGAGGUAAAGUCAAAAAGUGACAAAAUACAGCUGGUGGUCAAAGCAGCAGUGAACCAUUUAGGGUUAGUAGGACUGACAUGGGAAGAAGUGAGGGAGAACAUCACUAAUCAGUCAAGCCAGGAAGUGUCAUGGGUUGGUUAAUACUCAUUAUGGUGAUUCUUUUGCAAUGGAAUGCAAGGAGCUUACUGGCCGAUAGCCAGGAAUUCAAGCACUUUAUUAAAGAAAUGUUUGUAAAACCAGAUGUAGUGUGUAUUCAGGGAACUUGGUUGAAACCAACUUUAGACUUUGUGGUAUAUGGAUAUACAAUGAUGAGGAAAGAUAGAAAUCUAGGGGGAGGAGGGGGUUGUACUAUGUUAAUCAAGCAAGGUAGGUUACUGGAAAAAGGAGAUGAUCAGGAAUACAUAGUGGUGGAAGUGUGGGAGAGAGGAGAGAAAAUGUUUAUAAUUAACUACUACAAUCCAUGUAAAAGGUUGGAUUUGGACAGCCUAUUAAGGAUACAAGGACAAAACAGACAAAGUAGUGUGGUGUGCAGAUUUCAAUGCGCUCAGCACAAUAUGGGGGGAUCCGAUUACAGAUGCAAAUGGAAAGGUAAUUGAAGAUUUCAUGGAGGAAAGGGAUUUGGGGUGUAUGAAUGAUGGUAGAGGAACAAGGAUAAACAUAACAGGAACUGAGUCAGUAUUGGAUAUUACCUUGACUGGAGUUAGUAACUGGGGAGUUUGGACUGCUUCAGCAGUAGGGGCAGUGAUCACUACCCAGUUUUAUGUUCAGUGGGUGAAAGAGUUGAAGUAAGACCAGGUGAUGGAAUCCCGAAGUGGGUGUUUGGAAAAGCAGAUUGGGGUAAGUUCCAGAAGUUGAGUGAAGAAGCAUUGACAAGGAUUGAUAUUUCUGGAAAUAUAGAUGAAUUAAACAGUCAGAUGAUUUCAAUUAUUAUGGCAGCAGAAGGAUCUAUACCCAGAAGUAAAAAUAGGAUGAAUAGGAAACGUACCAUGGUGGACAGAGGAAUGUUGUCAGGCUGUAAAAAACAGAAAUAGAGCAUUCAGGCUAGUUAAAAGAACCCAUAAUAUGCAGCAUUUGGUUCAAUAUAAGAAGGCACAGGCAGUGGUGAGAAGAACUAUACAUAAAGCUAAAAGAGCAAGUAGGAGGAGUUUUUGCAACAAAAUAGGCAGAACAACACCUGUGGGAGAGGUAUGAGGAAUGAUUAAGAAGAUGGGAGGAGAGAGAAGGGAAUGGGAAUAUCCAGUAAUGAUAUCUGAGGCGGAAACAGCAGUCUCCAGUGGGGAUAAGGCUGAGAUCAUGGCCAAGUCGUUCGUACAGAUACACUUCAGAAAAUUUGUCUGAAGAAGGGAGAAGGAGAAGGGAAAGAGCGAUGAGUCAACACUGAGGUGUGUUAAACAGGAUGGGAGAAAUUGAUGAUAUAAUUGAUGAUCCAUUUAUGUUGGCAGAAAUAAAUAGUGAGAGCAAUAAAGAGAUCGAGACCAACUUCCCCAGGGAAAGAUCUGGUAUGCUCUGUGAUGCUAAAAAAAAUCUAGGAGAAGGAGCGCUCUUGAAGUUGCUACAUUUUUAUAACAGAGUGUGGGAGGAGGAAAGAUUACCAAGUGCAUGGAAAGAAGCAGUAGUAAUUCCAAUAAGGAAACCUGGCAAGGAUCCUUCAAAACCCACUAGCUACAGACCAAUAGCAUUAACAUCAAUUAUAUGCAAGAUAAUGGAAAGGAUGAUAACAGAAAGGUUAUUGUAUGAGCUUGAGAAGAGGGGAAUGCUGGCAAGUUAUCAGAGUGGUUUUAGGAAGGGAAGGAAUUCCAUGGACUCAGUGAUAAGGUUAGAGACUGAAAUAAGAAAGGCCCAGGCAAAUAAAGUCAGUAGUUGCAGUGUUUUUUGACAUAGAAAAAGCCUAUGAGAGUGUGCAGUGGGGCUUUUAAAACACCAGUAUCAGCCCUACAGGUAGAUGUGGAAGUAAUGUCUUUGGAACUAAGGAUGCAAUUGAUGGCAAACUACUGGGCUAGUUUGCAGGGGCACAAUGAUUCUCACCCUGCAAAAGAGUGCUGGGAAAAUGGGAGGUUUCAGAGGGAUAACUUUAGUGGGGUAGGGAAUAAUAUUGCGAAAGAAUGUGGAAUGUUUGAUCUGAGGAUAAGUCCUUCAGUAGUUUAUCCAGUUGUAGCUCCAUGGAAGAUUGUAUAGCCUGACAUAGACUGGCAUUUGUUAGAGGUAAAAAGGAAAAGAAAAUAUAAAACUGAUUUGGUAAGCGCAUUUAACUGUCAUGUGUUGGAAAAGUAUAGUGAUUAUACUCAGAUUUAUACGGAUGGUGCUAAGGAACCUGAAACAGGAGGGACAGGGUUUGGGGUGGCUAUACCAGCAAAAGAAAUUGGAAUCAGCAGAAGAACAUCUGAUAAGUUAGGGGUGUAUACAGUGGAGAUGCUGGCAGUAUUGGUUGCAUUGCGAUGGAUGAGAAAGCUGGACAAGUCGAAGUGUUGAUAUGUUCAGAUUCAUCCUCAGUUCUAGCAAGUUUAUGGUCUUUUCACUCAACAGUCAGCAAGACGUACUUUAUGAAGUCCUUCAGUCAGUCACAAGAAUUGCAAAUCAGGGAGGUCAGGUAAAAUUUCUAUGGGUUCCAGCACAUGUAGGGGUGAAAGGGAAUGAGAGGGUGGAUGAGUUGGCAAAGAGGGCAUUAAGGUAAUUUUUUUUUACACUGCUUAGGGAAAAAAGGCUAGACUGCACAGGGGUGUGAUGUAGAGUGCCAAAAGUUUUUUAAAAAAAGACCACUAUGUACAGUGGGCAGCGGAGUGAGAGGGAGCAGAGUGGGACGGCUUUGGCUCAACAGGCUUCGGCGUGAACUGGCAGAGGCGAGGAUAGGUUCCGGUAAGUUUUGUUUGUUUAGAGUAGAGAGAAUGCCAGGCAGGAUGUUGGAAUGCUCCUCUUGCAGGAUGUGGGAAAUCAGGGAGACCUCCGGUGUUCCUGACAAUGACACCUGCAAGAAGUGCAUCCAGCUGCAACUCCUAACAAACUGCGUUAGGGAACUGGAGCAGGAGCUGAAUGACCUGCAAAUCAUUCGAGAGAAUGAGGAGUUUAUAGAUAGUAGCUUCAGGGAGGUAGUUACGCCAAAGGAGCAAUGCACAGGUAAUUGGGUUACCAUCAGGCAAGGGAAGGGGAAAGGGCAGGCAGAGCAGGGUUCCCCUGUGGCCAUUCCCCUCAACAAGUAUACCAACUUGGAUACUGUUGGGGGGGGGGGUGACUUACCUGGGACAAGCUGCGGCAGCUGGAUCUCUGGCACUGAGUCUGGUUCUGCAGUGCAGAAGGGAGGGUGGAAGAAGAGGAGAGCGGUAGUGAUAGGGGACUCAAUAGGUAGAGGUACAGACAGGAGGUUCUGUGGUCGUGACAGAAACUCCUGGUUGGUUUGUUGCCUCCCGGGUGCCCCAGGGUCAGGGAUGUCUCUGAUCGCGUGCACAGCAUUCUGAAGUGGGAGGGUGAUCAGCCAGAUGUCAUGGUACACAUCAGUACCAGUGACGUAGGAAGAAAGAGUGAGGAGGUCCUGAAGAGUGAGUAGAGAGCUUAGUAGGAAGUUAAAAACAGGACCUCGUGGGUGGUAAUCUCAGGAUUGCUACCUGUGCCACAUGCCAGUGAUGGUAAGAAUAGGAUGCUCUGGCAGAUGACUGAGGAACUGCUGUAGGGGGCAGGGUUUCAGAUUUCAGGAUCAUUGGGACCUCUUCUGGGGCAGGUGGGACCUGUACAAGAGAGACGGGUUACACCUGAACUACAAGGGGACCAAUAUCCUUGCAGGGAGGUUUGUUAGUGCUAUUGGGGAGGGUUUAAACUAGAUUUGCAGGGGAAUGGGAACCAGAGUGCCAGAGCAGAUAGUGGAGCAGGGGUGAAAAUAAAUUAUGUUAAAAGUUCAUGCAAAGUCACAAAUAGGAGGGUUGUGUGUGGUGGUAAUAAUCUUCUGAGAUGUGUCUAUCUCAAUGCAAGGAGCAUUGUGGGGAAGGCAGACGAGCUGAGGGCGUGGAUUGACACAUGGAAUUACAACAUUAUAGCCAUUAGUGAAACUCGGCUACAGGAGGGGCAGGACUGGCAGCUUAAUGUUCCAGGGUUCCGAUGUUUCAGACGUGAUAGAGGCAGAGGAAUGAAGGGUGGGGGGGGGGGGUGGCAUUGCUAGUCAGGGAAAAUGUUACAGCAGUGCUCAGGCAGGACAGAUUCGAGGGCUUGUCUGCCAAGGCCAUAUGGGUGGAGCUGAGAAACAGGAAAGGUAUGACCACAUUAAUGGGAUUGUAUUAUAGACCACCAAAUUGUCAGCGAGAAUUGGGGGAGCAAAUCUGCCGAGAAAUAGCAGAUAACUGCAGGAAACAUAAAUUUGUGAUAGUAAGAGAUUUUAAUUUUCCACAUAUUGAUUGGGACUCCCAUACUGUUAAAGGUCUAGACAGGUUAGAGUUUGUAAAAUGAGUUCAGGAAACUUUUCUAAUUCAAUAUAUAGAGGUACCAACUAGAGAGGAUGCAAUAUUAGAUCUCCUAUUAGGAAACGAGUUAGGACAGGUGACAAAAGUGUGUGUAGGGGAACACUUUGGUUCCAGUGAUCAUAACACCAUUAGUUUCAACUUGAUCAUGGAUAAAGAUAGAUCUGGUCCUCGGGUUGAGGUUCUAAUCUGGAAAAAGGCCAAAUUUGAAGAAAUGAGAAAGGAUUUGAAAGGCAUGGAUUGGGACAGGUUGUUCUCUGGCAAGGAUGUGAUUGGUAAGUGGGAGGCCUUUAAAGGAGAAAUUUUGAGAAUGCAGAGUUUGUAUGUUCCUGUCAGGAUUAAAAGCAAAGUGAAUAAGAAUAACGAACCUUGGUUCUCAAGGGAUUUUGGAACUCUGAUAAAGAAGAAGAGAGAGAUGUAUGACAUGUAAAGGAAACGGAGCAAAUAAGGUGCUUGAGGAGUAUAAAAAGUGCAAAAAAAAAUUUAAAGAAAUCAGGAGGGCUAAAAGAAGUCAUGAGGUUGCUUUGACAGUCAAGGUGAAGGAUAAUCCAAAGAGCUUCUACAGAUAUAUUAAGAGCAAAAGGAUAGUAAAGGAUAAAAUUGGUCCUCUUGAAGAUCAGAGUGGUUGGCUAUGUAUGGAACCAAAAGAAAUGGGGGAGAUCUUAAAUGGGUUUUUGCAUCUGUAUUUACUAAGGAAAUUGGCAUGGAGUCAAUGGAAAUAAGGCAAACAAGUAGUAAGGUCAUGGAACCUAUACAGAUUGAAGAGGAGGAGUUGCUUGCUAUCUUGAGGCAAAUCAGAGUAGAUGAAUCCCCAGGACCUGACAGGGUAUUCCCUCAGACCUUGGAGGAGACUAGCAUUGAAAUUGCAGGGGCCCUAGCAGAUAUAUUUAAAAUGUCAGUAUCUGCAGGUGAGGAUUGGAGGAUAGCUCAUGUUGUUCCGUUGUUUAAAAAAGGCUCUAAAAGUAAUCCGGGAAAUUAUAGGCUGGUAAGUUUGACAUCCGUAGUAGGUAAAUUAUUGGAAGGCGUACUAAGAGAUAGGAUCUACAAGUAUUUGGAUAGAUAGGGACGUAUUAGGGAUAGUCAACAUGGCUUUGUGCGUGGUAGGUCAUGUUUAACAAAUCUAUUAGAGUUUUUCGAGGAGGUUACCAGGAAAGUGGAUGAAGGGAAGGCAGUGGAUGUUGUCUACAUGGACUUCAGUAAGGCCUUUGACAAGGUCCCGCAUGGGAGGUUAGUUAGGAAGAUUCAGUCGCUAGGUAUGCAUGGAGAGGUAGUAAAUUAGAUUAGACAUUGGCUCAAUGGAAGAAGCCAGAGAGUGGUAGUGGAGGUUUGCUUCCCUGAGUGGAGGCCUGUGACUAGUUGUGUGCCACAGGGAUCAGUGCUAGGUCCAUUGUUAUUUGUCAUCUACAUCAAUGAUCUGGAUGAUAAUGUGGUAAAUUAGAUCAGCAAAUUUGCUGAUGAUACAAAGAUUGGAGGUGUAGUGGACAGUGAGGAAGGUUUUCAAAGCUUGCAGAGGGAUUUGGACCAGCUGGAAAAAUGGUCUGAAAAAUGGCAGGUGGAGUUUAAUACAGACAAGUGUGAGGUAUUGCACUUUGGAAGGACAAACCAAGGUAGAACAUACAAGUUAAGUGGUAGGGCACUGAGGAGUGCAGUAGAACAGAGGAAUCUGGGAAUACAGAUACAAAAUUCCCUAAAAGUGGCGUCACAGGUAGAUAGACUCAUAAAGAGAGCUUUUGGUACAUUGGCCUUUAUAAAUCAAAGUAUUGAGUGUAAGAGUUGGAAUGUUAUGAUGAGGUUGUAUAAGGCAUUGGUGAGGCCGAAUUUGGAGUAUUGUGUUCAGUUUUGGUCACCAUAUUACAGGAAGGAUAUUAAUAAGGUUGAAAGAGCGCAGAGAAGGUUUACAAGGAUGUCGCCGGGACUUGAGAAACUCAGUUACAGAGAAAGGUUAAAUAGGUUAGGAUUUUAUUCCCCGGAGCAAAGAAGAAUGAGGGGAGACUUGACAGCGGUAUAUAAAAUUAUGAUGGGUAUAGAUAGAGUGAAUGCAAACAGGCUUUUUCCACUGAGGCUAGGGGAGAGAAAAAACAGAGGACAUGGGUUAAGGGUGAAGGGGGAAAAGUUUAAAGGGAACAUUAGGGGGGGCUUCUUCACACAGAGAGUGGUGGGAGUGUGGAAUGAGCUGCCAGAUGAGGCGGUAAAUGCAGGCUCACUUUUAACAUUUAAGAAAAACUUGGACAGAUACAUGGAUGAGAGGUGUAUGGAGGGAUAUGGUCCAGGUGCAAGUCAGUGGGACUAGGCAGGAAAAUGGUUCGGCACAGCCAAGAUGGGCCAAAAGGCCUGUUUCUGUGCUGUAAUGUUCUAUGGUUCUAGGGUUCUAAAGAAAGAAAAUAUAGAAAUGUGCAUUGGUAUCAGUAAAGCAGAGGUUAAGUGUGUAAUCUGGAAAAAAAUCAACCAAAUGUGGCAAGAAAGAUGGGACAGGGAGGGGAAAGGGAGGCAUUUAUAUCAAAUACAAGAGAUUAUUACAGGUACUAGGGUAGGUAGUGGAUACAGAAAAGAGGAAACUGUGUGGACUAUGUUAAGGCUGGGAUACUGUGCAUUAAACAAAACAUUGAAAAUGAUAGGGAAACACCAGACAGGAUUGUGUGAGGAAUGUCAGGAAGAGGAGUCAGUAGAACAUAUAGUUCUGAGUUGCAGGAAGUAUGGGAUACAGAGAGAGAUGACAAGAAUUAAUCAAGCGAAUUGGGGGUGCAGGAAUUCACAUUAAAAGGGUUGCUGGGCAUGGGGGAGAGAGCACAGGUCAGGGUAUUUUUAGCUCUCUUAAGGGAUACAGGGUUUUUUUUAUAGGAUGUGAUGAAUAAGCAGGAAUAGGGUACUAGGAUGGCCAAAGAUGGGAGGAUAAAGUGUAGGUUAGGGUGUGUGUGAGAUUGGGUGAAGGGAUUUAGAAUGUAAGUCUAUUGCACACUCCGGAGCAGAAGGUGGCGGUAAUGCACCUUUAAGCUGGGUGCCAACCACCAUAGAACAAGACGGAAGAAGAAGAAGAAGAAUCAUCAUCAUCAUCAUCUACAAUGAGAUCCACAGGCCAGGAAGGUGGUUCUACAACGCUAUGUGAAAAUCAAAGGGCAUGACAAAGCACAGAAGUCAUAGUCAUCCACUUCAACAAGUUAGACACAACCCCAGUUGUGACUCACCUCAUUGGAUCCAGACUUCCGAGGCAGAGUGAAUGGAACUGCCCCAGUGCAGCGGCUUUUCCACUCCAAAACCACUUCGUACAGGUUUUCUGUCAUCGCCAGAUAUAACAGGCAACCACCAGUAGUAUUGGUGCUGUUCUAAUUUGUUCUGCAUUUCAUUUAAAUCCAUAAUUUGUUACUCAGUUAAUGGUAGUUCGUCUUUUUUAUACGUUUUAACCAUUUCUAUGAAACUUUGGCUAAUUGGAGCAGCCACUUAAUUGGGCCAAGAUGUACUGAUCCCGAUGUAUCACAAUUAAUUAGAAUCCACUUCAUAUAAAAUUAAAAUGUGUAGAACAUUAUUAAGUUUAUGCUGUUCUAACUGUUAGAUUUAAGCUGCCAAAGUACAGUACUCGUAUAUAUAAGCUAAGGUGCCUAAGACUUCUGCACAGUACUGUACAAUUGUUUUGUAUUGGACUGUACCACUGCUCCAAAAAAACCAAAAUUUCAUGACAUAUAUGAGUGAUGAUAAACCUGAUUCUGAUACGGGUCUCUAUUGUGGACUGAGAGUAGGAAAGGAGCACUGAGAGGAGAAUCAUGGUUGGUAAAAGGGGAAGGGAGAGGGGAGGGAACAGGAAGCAGCAGAGAGGCAUUCUGUAACGAUCAAUAAACCCAUUGUUCGGUAUUGGUAUUGUGUCUUAAGAUAAAUGAGAAAUAGAGAGUUGUCAUGAGGCCUAAUGCAAGUUUAAAUAUUAAAAAUCACAUACAUCAGUUGGAUUAAAUCACUGGACUAAUGAUCUCAAGAUAAGAAUUCAAAUCCUAUUGUAGCUUCUGAGAAAUGUUAAU